UAGCGAACUCCCAUUUUAAUCAGUUUUUACCUGAGCAAUUUCGCCUCCACAACUAAAUCCACAUUCACGGAGAUCAGAUUCAGAUUAAAAAAAUGCCACUUCACGACCCCCUUCAAGCUGUGGUCGCCACCGUGGUCGAAAUUCCCCCAGAGGAAGUUCAAAGUAGUCAAACUCGUUUAACCCUCUCGACACCUCCGGAGCCUGUAAUCCCGAUAAUGCUGGGAUUAGCGAAUCAUAUGAAGGGUACUUUUCCAGAUUGGCCCUGUGACAAGGACAUUGUCAGGAUCACUCCCAACCCCGCGGGGAUGCCGCUGGACACCCGUCUGCUCCCCUUAUUCGACACCAAUCUCCGCGUCCGAAUCCUCGGAGGGAGUACGUGUUGCUGUUUCUCUGGAUCAUCGGAAAGGACAGUGGUUAUGAUUGGCAAUAUGAUACGAGUCGAUGAACGACUCAAAUUCGAGGAAAAACUGAGAUUCGAUUAUCCCAAACCCGGAUUAAUAAAAAAUACCGAGGAAAAACGCAUUGAAUUCGUUUCCUCGAAUUCUUCCGGUCCUGUCGGGUGGAUCGUCACUGGUAAGGAUGUCGCUUCAGAGGCCAAAAUCGGCCUCACUUCGGAUACCGAACCGUCCCCGAGGUUUACCACGAAGGGACAUAGCAUAAAAGGGAAAUCAAUUACGAUACUAAAUCCUGCCGGUGAAGCCGUCGCUGUGGGUGGGAUCACGCUCUCCAGGAUUUUCCGAGGCCAUGAGCACUAUAAAGAAUUCCAGAUCAUGUUACCCCACUUUGGACACUCGGCAAUGUCGGAGGUGGAAAGGGAGCUAAUCUUCGCAGUGCUCAUCCUCUGGGGAAUCACCGCACGAGACCUAAUGCAACGGAGCAACUAUGUCGUUGCCCUUAUCAUGAUCCCCAUCACGUUGCUGGUCGCGCUCGGAGUUGUUCUCCUCUUCGUCUUUAAACCAUGGUGACAUUCCACCAAACAAAGAAAAUUAAUUAAUUCACUACGUGUUUACCUAUGUAUGUACGUGUAUCAUCCAUUGUGUUUACGAUUGAAUAAAGAAUUUAGUAAAGACUAAAUUAAAUUUUAAAGACUAAAUUAGUAAAGAAUAAAGAAUUUAUUUUAUAAC